AUGGAAAAUGAUUCGGCUAAAGCGAAGUUAGUGCCGGAUUUCCGGGACGCUCCACGACCUAGUCUUUUGCAACAAUUGGCCGGAAACCUAUUAGUACCAAUAGGUAUCGUGAUGACUAUGGGCUGUUACGCGGUUGGACUUAGCUCUAUGGUUACCAGCCAACCUAUGCUGGGGCAAAAGAUGAUGUAUGCCCGAGUCGCCUUCCAGGGGAUGACUGUGGCAGCAAUGUAUUACGACCUACAGGGAUUCUCACUCCCCUCUUCCACUAAUUAA